UUCCCCUAAAGAGCGACCACGCCGAAGAAAGAGGGAGGGGGAGAUGAUGAUCAUGCUUUCUAGGGUUAGGGUUUCAUUCUCUCAUCUGCAUUUUCAGGUAAGUGGAAGAAGAAGAUCAAGGAGUGAUCAAGGCCCUUUUCGCUGGUAGAGUUUUCAGUCUUAUUUCUCGUGGGAGGUGAUUUUCUAAAGCCUUUGGAUGCAUCAUGGCCUCUGUGAGUGUUGUCCCUGCAACGGGGUUUAGAGAAUUGAGUGGAAGCACCAUGGGUGUUGAUAAAUUACCAGAAGAGAUGAAUGAUAUGAAGAUAAGGGACGACAAGGAAGUGGAAGCAACAGUGGUAGAUGGGAAUGGAACCGAGACAGGUCACAUCAUUGUUACCACUAUUGGUGGUAGAAAUGGUCAGCCCAAGCAGACUAUAAGCUAUAUGGCAGAGCGUGUUGUUGGACAUGGAUCCUUCGGGAUUGUGUUCCAGGCUAAGUGCCUGGAAUCUGGUGAAACUGUAGCAAUCAAGAAAGUCCUUCAGGAUAAGAGGUACAAGAAUCGUGAACUGCAAACCAUGCGCCUUCUGGAUCACCCUAAUGUUGUUUCACUGAAACACUGUUUCUUUUCAACAACCGAGAAGGAUGAGCUCUAUCUCAACUUGGUUCUUGAAUAUGUUCCUGAGACAGUUCACCGUGUACUUAAGCACUAUAGUAGGGUGAACCAACGGAUGCCUAUGAUUUAUGUGAAGUUGUAUACUUAUCAGAUUUGUAGGGCACUGGCAUAUAUUCAUGGAAGUAUAGGUGUGUGUCACAGAGACAUCAAGCCUCAAAACCUCCUGGUCAACCCUCAUACACACCAGCUCAAGCUCUGUGACUUUGGAAGUGCAAAAGUUUUGGUGAAAGGGGAGCCAAAUAUAUCAUAUAUUUGUUCUAGAUAUUAUAGAGCUCCGGAACUGAUAUUUGGAGCCACCGAGUACACCUCAGCGAUUGACAUCUGGUCAACUGGUUGUGUUUUGGCUGAACUCCUGCUUGGACAGCCUCUCUUUCCUGGUGAAAGUGGUGUAGACCAACUUGUAGAGAUUAUAAAGGUUUUAGGCACUCCAACAAGAGAGGAAAUCAAAUGCAUGAAUCCGAACUAUACAGAGUUCAAAUUCCCCCAAAUUAAAGCACAUCCCUGGCACAAGAUAUUCCAUAGGCGCAUGCCAGCAGAGGCAGUAGACCUUGUCUCUAGGCUCCUCCAAUACUCCCCAAAUUUACGCUGCUCAGCUUUAGAUGCAUGCGUUCAUCCAUUUUUUGAUGAGCUCCGAGAUCCUAAUACCCGUUUGCCUAAUGGGCGGCCGCUUCCCCCUCUUUUUAACUUCAAGCCACAAGAGUUGAAGGGGGUGCCUUCGGAAAUCCUGGUCAGGUUGAUUCCAGAGCAUGCGAGAAAGCAAUGUUCCUUCCUCGGUUUGUGAUUUUUGGCUUAUUUAUGUCCCACGUUAGCGAAUAUUGGGAGAUGGAUUUAGGUGGGGGAGAACGCAGGACCACCUUCUUCAUUACACAAUGUUUGAAUAGGAUGAUGGAAAUUAUUGCUUGUAAACUUUUUUCUCUUUGUUUUUCUUUUUUACUAUCUAUGUUUGAGAGGCAGAUUGAACAUGGGUCUGCCAGUUGUCUUGGAACCACACUAUGUAAUAUUACAGAGAUGAGAAAAGGAUGGUAUGGUUGGAUUCUACUUUAGGGGAUCUGUUUAGGAAGGAGUAUGGAUGUUACAACAGAGGAGUAAGAAAAGAACAUGCACGACUGGUUAGCUGGUGAGAAAGAAGAGGAAAAUUUUAGUUAAAGCCAUUAGAGCAGAUCUGAAACUUGUAAUGGAUACAAAUAGCAUAUGAUUUCGAGAAGAAAAUGUGCUUCUUCAUGUCA